AAAAUACGCUCCAUCUCCUUUAGACCUUCUCUCUCUCGCUCUCUCUCUGACUCGAAGGCGUAGAGAUCCAAGAAGAAGGAAAGGUGUAAUCCUCACCCUUUCUCUCUCAGUUCAUGCUUCCCCUAUCGACCGGAGAGGAGAAAAAACGAUGGUGGUGUUCUUUUGAUACCUUUUAGAAGCCUUUGGUUUAUUCAUUCGGAGGUGGAAAGAGUUUUCGGAACGGAGAUGAGGGAGAGCGCGUGCUUUCUCGUUCUCUUUUGUCCUGGUUCGGUGGUGUCGUCUAGAACGAGGAAGAUGAUCAUCAUUAUGAAAAUGGCAGCUUUACUUCUGUUGGCGGUUCUUCCAGUAGGCGUCCUAUCUGCCAGCGUCCUGAGCGGGGGGAAAGGAAACAGUGGUUCUCAGAUGAGGAGGUCUCUUUUGAGAUCAAUAAGCGAGCCGGAUUCGAAAGAUUUCGCCGUGGAUUUGGACAGCUCUAACUUCGUCAAGGUCCUCAAGGAUGUACCUGCUCCUUGGGUGAUCGUCGAGUUCUUUGCACACUGGUGUCCUGCUUGUCGAAAUUACAAGCCCCAUUAUGAAAAAGUGGCUAGGCUUUUCAAUGGAGCAGAUGCUGCACACUCUGGGAUUAUAUUUAUGGGAAGGGUUGAUUGUGCUUUAAAGAUAAAUACAAAUCUAUGUGAUAAAUUUUCUGUUGGCCAUUACCCCAUGCUUCUUUGGGGUCCUCCAAAUGAAUUUGUGUCUGGCCACUGGAAACCUGAAGAUGGAAAAGGUAAAAUUCAAGCUAUUGAAGACGCACACACAGCUGAUCGCUUGCUUAACUGGAUAAAUAAAAGACUUGACAGGGCUUUUUCAUUGGAUGACGAGAAAGCUGAAAAGGUUUUUCUUCAUAUGCAUAAUAUUUCUGAUUCUGGUCAGAUUCUGCAAGCUGCAUUUGAUAUUGAUGAAGCAACAGCUAAAGCUUUUGACAUCAUCCUGGAACACAAGAUGAUAAAAGCAGAUACUCGAGCUCCUCUAAUACAGUUUCUGCAACUUUUAGCGGCCCAUCAUCCUUCCAAGAGGUGCCGAAGAGGCAGCUCUGAGAUGCUUGUCAACUUUGAUUAUUCUUGGCCUUCAAAUCUGUGGUCAAUUCAUGCAGAGAAGGAAUCUGUUCCUUCUGGAAACACAUCAUUCACAAACACUGGCAUUUGUGGUGAAGAGGUCCCUCAUGGUUCUUGGAUAUUUUGUCGUGGCAGCAGAAAUGAUACCAGAGGAUUCAGCUGUGGUUUGUGGUUACUUCUCCACUCUCUGUCUGUUAGAGUUGACGAUGCAGAGAGCCAUUUGGCUUUUUCUACCAUAUGCAACUUCAUUCAUAACUUUUUUAUUUGUGAGGAAUGUCGCCAUCAUUUCUAUGACAUGUGUUCCAGUGUUUCCAGUCCCUUCAAUACAACCAGGGAUUUUGCCUUGUGGCUAUGGAAAACACACAACAAGGUGAAUCUGAGGCUAAAGCAAGAAGAAGAAGCUCUUGGUACUGGAGACCCGAAAUUCCCAAAAAAAGUCUGGCCAUCCAGGCUACUCUGCCCAGCUUGUUAUAUUGCUGUGGGCGGGGAGAAAAAUAGCACAACGGAAGUUGAGUGGAAUGAAGCGGAAGUGUUCCGUUUCUUAAUUGAUUAUUAUGGGAAGAUGAUUAAGUCAUCUUCAGACGGAAUUGAUCUGACUGGGAAAAAGAGUGACCUGCAAAUGGUUGAUGAUCUGACCACAUCAAAUGCAGUUGCAGUGCCUGUUGGAGCCGCAGUAGCUAUUGCAUUGGCCAGCUGUGCCUUUGGAGCGCUUGCUUGCUUCUGGCGAUCACAGCAAAAAAACCGGAAGUACUACCACCAACUACACUCUUUAAAGAACAUAUGAGUAGUAGGAGUGGCAGAGGAGGAGCAUUCAGUGAUGUGGUUUCUGGAAACAAAGCUUUACUUGUGGGUGCGUACUGCUUCUUUCAUAAGUGCAGGGGCUCAUACGGAACAAAAUAUCAUUUCUUUAAAGUGAUUUCCAGAUGGGAGCUGGUUACUCUUCCUGGCAAAAUUUCUUCUCGACAGCAAGCCUGAAGCAUCGGAUUUCUUUACUAACCAUCAGUUUUGGAGUUCAGCUUACUGGGAUUUGAGAUGCUCAUCGGCCAAAAAGGGCACCUGCUUUUGAUCGUAUGUACACUAAAUCAGUUAAUAGAGUGCACAGUUAUAAAAUCUGUCAUGAAUUGUUAUAUUUGGGUUGAAGUCCCAAUUUAUCAAUGUCGUGUACGGCUACAUGCACAUCGAAACACGUAACUCCACACUCAUUUGAAGAAUUUUUGCACAUCAUUUGGAACA